AUGAGUUUCGCCAACAAGGCUCUUCAUCGCGAUGGCGCGAUCCUCGUCUCGAUCCAUCUGGUUGGGCUUUCCUACUUCCUUUUCUUCCUCGUCUCCUUCUUGCUUUGGCAUUUCCCAACGUCGCCAGGCACUAUUGUCCAAGCACAAGCUGUGACUCUGUACAGUAGCGGCGUCAUACUUUGGUGCCUAUGCAGCUUGGCCCACCGAGUCAGAGGGACACUCUACGGGAGCCAGGCCGUAUCCUGGCUCAAGCUCGAGCAGGCCGGCACCCUAUUCCUGAUCUAUACCACGACCGUUCCAUUGGUGAUCUUGUCAUCUGACCAACACGGCUACCUCCGUCUCGCAUACCUCUUUUGCUUCACCAUUGCCGUCGUUGGUACCAUGACCGACUUUCUUUCCUACCACUUAUACUUUUGCCAAUUCUGCCUGGCACUAGGUUCAUUUGCACUACUGCCACCGAUCUAUAUCCUCCGUCAACCUUGGGCUCUUCCAUCGCCACUCGUCGUCGGGCUGAUACGGCUUGCUGGCUGGAACCUUCUGGCGGGGCUCGGCUAUCUGGCAAGGGGUCCGGAGAGAUUGGGUCUGGUGGGCGAGUGGAAGCCCAGCCUCUAUCUGAUGCAUCUUGCUGUGAUCCUGAACAGCAUAUCGUAUGGCAGGUACAUCUGGGACGCGGCGAUCUGA